AUGCGCGGCGUGGGCUGGCAGACGCUGUCCCUGUCGCUGGGGUUAGUGCUGGCGAUCCUGAACAAGGUGGCGCCGCAAGCGUGUCCGGCGCAGUGCUCCUGCUCCGGGAGCACAGUGGACUGUCACGGGCUGGCGCUGCGCAGUGUGCCCAGGAACAUCCCCCGCAGCACUGAGAGACUGGAUUUGAAUGGAAAUAACAUCACACGGAUUACUAAGACAGAUUUUGCUGGUCUUCGACAUCUAAGAGUUCUUCAGCUUAUGGAGAAUAAGAUUAGCACCAUUGAAAGAGGAGCAUUCCAGGAUCUUAAAGAACUGGAGAGACUGCGUUUAAACAGAAAUCACCUUCAGCUGUUUCCUGAGUUGCUGUUUCUGGGGACUUCGAAGCUAUACAGACUUGACCUCAGUGAAAACCAAAUUCAGGCAAUUCCAAGGAAAGCUUUCCGUGGGGCAGUUGAUAUUAAAAAUCUGCAACUGGAUUACAACCAGAUCAGCUGUAUUGAAGAUGGGGCAUUUAGGGCUCUCCGGGACCUGGAGGUGCUCACUCUCAACAAUAACAACAUUACUAGACUUUCUGUGGCAAGUUUCAACCAUAUGCCUAAACUUAGGACUUUUCGACUCCAUUCGAACAACCUGUAUUGUGACUGCCACCUGGCCUGGCUCUCGGACUGGCUACGCCAAAGGCCUCGGGUGGGCCUCUACACUCAGUGUAUGGGGCCAUCCCACCUAAGGGGCCAUAACGUAGCUGAGGUUCAAAAACGAGAAUUUGUCUGCAGUGGUCACCAGUCAUUUAUGGCUCCGUCUUGCAGUGUUUUGCAUUGUCCAGCUGCUUGUACCUGUAGCAACAAUAUCGUAGACUGCCGUGGGAAAGGUCUCACUGAGAUCCCCACAAAUCUGCCAGAGACUAUCACGGAAAUACGUUUGGAACAGAACUCAAUCAAGGUCAUCCCUCCUGGAGCUUUCUCACCAUAUAAAAAGCUUAGAAGAAUCGACCUGAGCAAUAAUCAGAUCUCUGAGCUAGCACCAGAUGCUUUCCAAGGCCUACGCUCUCUGAAUUCACUUGUCCUCUAUGGAAAUAAAAUCACAGAACUCCCAAAAAGUUUAUUUGAAGGACUGUUUUCCUUACAACUACUAUUAUUGAAUGCCAACAAGAUAAACUGCCUUCGGGUAGAUGCUUUUCAGGAUCUGCACAACCUGAACCUUCUCUCCUUAUACGACAACAAGCUUCAGACCAUGGCCAAGGGGACCUUUUCACCUCUCCGUGCCAUUCAAACCAUGCAUUUGGCCCAGAACCCCUUUAUUUGUGACUGCCAUCUCAAGUGGCUGGCGGAUUAUCUUCACACCAACCCAAUCGAGACCAGUGGUGCCCGCUGCACCAGCCCCCGGCGUCUGGCAAAUAAAAGAAUCGGACAGAUCAAAAGCAAGAAAUUCCGUUGUUCAGCUAAAGAACAGUAUUUCAUUCCAGGUACAGAAGAUUAUCGAUCAAAAUUAAGUGGGGACUGCUUUGCCGAUCUGGCUUGCCCUGAAAAGUGCCGCUGUGAAGGGACCACAGUAGAUUGCUCCAAUCAAAAACUCACCAAAAUCCCAGACCACAUUCCCCAGUACACUGCAGAGCUACGCCUCAAUAAUAAUGAAUUUACAGUGUUGGAAGCUACAGGCAUCUUCAAGAAACUUCCUCAAUUACGUAAAAUAAACUUUAGCAACAAUAAGAUCACAGACAUUGAAGAGGGAGCAUUUGAAGGCGCAGCUGGUGUAAAUGAAAUACUUCUCACGAGUAAUCGUUUGGAAAAUGUUCAGCAUAAGAUGUUCAAGGGAUUGGAAAGCCUCAAAACUUUGAUGUUGAGAAGUAAUCGUAUAAGCUGCGUAGGGAACGACAGUUUCACAGGACUCAGUUCUGUGCGUUUGCUUUCUUUAUAUGAUAAUCAAAUUACUACAAUUGCACCAGGGGCUUUCGAUACUCUCCAUUCUUUAUCUACUCUAAACCUCUUGGCCAAUCCUUUUAAUUGUAACUGCUACCUGGCUUGGUUGGGAGAAUGGCUCAGGAAGAAAAGAAUUGUAACGGGAAAUCCUCGAUGUCAGAAACCCUACUUCCUCAAAGAAAUCCCCAUCCAGGAUGUUGCCAUUCAGGACUUCACUUGUGAUGAUGGAAAUGAUGACAAUAGUUGUUCCCCACUCUCUCGCUGUCCUACGGAGUGUACCUGCUUGGACACAGUGGUCCGAUGUAGCAACAAAGCCUUGAAGGUCUUGCCCAAAGGUAUUCCAAGAGAUGUCACUGAAUUGUAUCUGGAUGGAAACCAGUUUACACUGGUUCCUAAGGAACUCUCGAACUACAAGCAUUUAACACUUAUGAUCAGGCAAUGGGUACGGCCUCUCUGUGGAACAUCAGGAGCCUUGCAGAGAGACUUGAGUAACAACCGAAUAAGCACCCUUUCUAAUCAGAGCUUCAGCAACAUGACCCAGCUCCUCACCUUAAUUCUUAGUUACAACCGUUUGAGAUGCAUUCCUCCUCGAACCUUCGAUGGAUUGAAGUCUCUUCGAUUACUUUCUUUACAUGGAAAUGACAUUUCGGUUGUGCCUGAAGGUGCUUUCAACGAUCUUUCUGCAUUAUCACACCUAGCAAUUGGAGCCAACCCCCUUUACUGUGACUGUAACAUGCAGUGGUUAUCCGACUGGGUAAAGUCGGAAUACAAAGAACCAGGAAUUGCUCGCUGUGCUGGCCCUGGAGAAAUGGCAGAUAAACUAUUACUCACAACUCCCUCCAAAAAAUUUACAUGUCAAGGUCCUGUAGAUGUCAAUAUUCUAGCUAAAUGUAAUCCCUGCUUAUCGAAUCCAUGUAAAAAUGAUGGCACCUGUAACAAUGAUCCAGUUGACUUUUAUCGCUGCACCUGUCCAUAUGGUUUCAAGGGGCAGGACUGUGAUGUUCCAAUUCAUGCAUGCAUCAGUAACCCAUGUAAACAUGGAGGAACUUGCCACUUAAAAGAAGGAGAAAAAGAUGGCUUCUGGUGUAUUUGUGCUGAUGGAUUUGAAGGAGAAAAUUGUGAAAUCAAUGUUGAUGACUGUGAAGAUAAUGACUGUGAAAAUAACUCUACAUGCGUCGAUGGAAUUAAUAACUACACAUGCCUUUGCCCACCUGAGUACACAGGUGAGUUGUGUGAGGAGAAGCUGGACUUCUGUGCCCAGGACCUGAACCCCUGCCAACAUGACUCCAAGUGCAUCCUGACGCCAAAGGGAUUCAAAUGUGACUGCACGCCAGGAUACAUAGGCGAACACUGUGACAUUGACUUUGAUGACUGCCAAGAUAACAAGUGUAAAAACGGAGCCCACUGCACUGAUGCAGUGAACAGUUAUACAUGCAUCUGCCCCGAAGGUUACAGUGGCUUGUUUUGUGAGUUUUCUCCACCCAUGGUUCUCCCUCGUACCAGCCCCUGUGAUAAUUUUGAUUGUCAGAAUGGAGCUCAGUGCAUCAUCAGGAUAAAUGAACCAAUAUGCCAGUGUUUGCCUGGCUACCAGGGAGAGAAGUGUGAAAAAUUGGUCAGUGUGAACUUUGUAAACAAAGAGUCUUAUCUUCAGAUCCCUUCUGCCAAGGUUCGGCCUCAAACAAAUAUCACUCUUCAGAUUGCCACAGAUGAAGAUAGUGGAAUCCUCUUGUAUAAGGGUGAUAAAGACCAUAUCGCCGUAGAGCUCUACCGGGGACGUGUUCGUGCCAGCUAUGACACCGGCUCCCACCCAGCUUCUGCCAUUUACAGCGUGGAGACGAUCAAUGAUGGAAAUUUUCACAUCGUGGAACUACUCGCCCUGGAUCAAAGUCUCUCCCUGUCUGUGGAUGGAGGGAGCCCCAAAAUCAUCACCAACUUGUCAAAGCAGUCCACUUUGAAUUUUGACUCCCCACUCUAUGUUGGAGGCAUGCCCGGGAAGAACAACGUGGCCGCAGCUCUGCGCCAGGCCCCCGGGCAGAACGGCACCAGCUUCCACGGCUGCAUCCGGAACCUUUACAUCAACAGCGAGCUGCAGGACUUCCGGAAGGUGCCCAUGCAGACCGGCAUCCUGCCCGGCUGUGAGCCGUGCCACAAGAAGGUGUGUGCCCACGGCACGUGCCAGCCCAGCAGCCAGUCCGGCUUCACCUGCGAGUGCGAGGAAGGAUGGACGGGGCCCCUCUGUGACCAGAGGACCAAUGACCCCUGUCUUGGAAAUAAAUGCGUCCAUGGCACCUGCCUGCCCAUCAACGCGUUCUCCUACAGCUGCAAGUGCCUGGAGGGCCAUGGGGGCGUCCUCUGUGAUGAAGAGGAGGAUCUGUUUAACCCCUGCCAGGCGAUCAAGUGUAAGCAUGGGAAAUGCAGGCUCUCAGGACUGGGACAGCCCUACUGUGAAUGCAGCAGUGGAUACACUGGGGACAGCUGUGAUCGAGAAAUCUCUUGUCGAGGGGAACGGAUAAGAGAUUAUUACCAAAAGCAGCAGGGCUAUGCCGCUUGCCAAACAACUAAGAAGGUCUCCCGGCUGGAAUGCAGAGGGGGCUGUGCAGGCGGGCAGUGCUGCGGACCUCUGAGGAGCAAGCGACGGAAAUACGCUUUCGAAUGCACUGAUGGGUCAUCGUUUGUGGACGAGGUUGAGAAGGUGGUGAAGUGUGGCUGCGUCCACUGCGCCUCCUAAACCACGUCCCUGGCAGCUUUGGUCUUUGCAAAAUGUUGUAUACUUCUUGACCCUGUUGGACUCACGAAUGCUUCAUAGUGGAAAUAAUUGAAAUAUAUUGUAAAAUACAGAACAGACUUAUUUUUAUUAUGAGAAUGAAGACUUUUUUUUCUGCAUUUAGAAAAAAAAAAAGAAAUGCUUGAACUAAAGCUUCCCCAACACUGGAGAAGUAUAAAGAGUGAUACACCUGAAGGCAUUAGAACAACGAUGGAAACCAUGGUUAACUUGGAUUCAUCUUUGUAACUUGCUGGAGACCAGCAGAAGCACAUACCCAGCGGAGAGACGAGGUUCUCUCUGCUGAUGUGAAGUUGCCCAGAGCAUAGUCCCCUGUGCCCUGGUUUGCAUCUACGCAGUUCAUGAGGACAGACCAAGCACAUGUGUGUGAGUGAGGGUGCAAGGCAGAUGAAUGGAACUCCAGCAUUCACAGCCAGAAUGAAUGGAUGAGAAAUAUUUUGUGCAAAAUAUAAAGUAUCCUGAAGCCCUGGGUUCCAUUCAUCAGAGGAGACGAGAGUGCUAAAAUAAAUUUUAUCUUCUUUUUAAAUGUCAGCAUGUUAGCAGGAGAAGCACACAAAAGUGUUUAUCUACCGUUUUCCAGUAUUAAUUUUUUGUAAUAUAAAUGACAAAGGAGAUGAUAAAGAACCAAUAGAUUAUUGAUAAAUAAAUUAGUAAUAAUAUGAAUUUUUGUUUCUAUGAGUUCUAAACAGCCCUAUACAGUAUUCGGUUUCAAUGAGAAAUAUUUAUUGUAUCAAAGUACGUUGUACUUAACAUUCUAGGCCAUCCUUUUGCUGUUCCUCAAUGCUUUAAUAUAUAUUAAUUUAUAAUUGUCCUGAUAUUUUUGUACAUUUUUCAAACUUAAAAAUCAGGAUUCUUUUGUGGUUUUUUUGGCAAUAGUACUAACAUAGGGUGUUAUCUUGGGAUAAAUAUGUGUUGAUCUGUUUGUUUACCUUGACAUCUGACCACUGGUGUCACUGACCUACUGGCCUCAUUCAGGACACCUGCAGAGGGUAUGUAAAGUCUAUGCCUGAGACGGUCAUUGUACAGAAAGAAGCGCCCCCCCCCCACCCGCAGCGUGUCCUCACAGAACAGAAAUGGUGUGUAGCAAUCGACACUAGAAAAGUAGAUCUUUUACAAGUUAAUUAUUUCCUCGACUUUUUUUGCCCUUUUACCGGGGGUGGGGCAGGGAGAGAAAAGGCUGUAAUGUCAAGAACUGUGAUUUUUUUUUCCCAAACAAUAAAGCUCCUUGAUUACCUUAAUGUUCCCAUGUUAACAUGUUUGCUGCUAAAUUACAAUGUAGAAUUGAUAAGGAUUUAUAGUGGACCAUGCUCUUCCCUCAUUAAAAUCCCAGGGUACCCUGUAAAGAUGCAGAUGUUCUUUCCAAAAACAUUUUUACGAAGAAAACUAGACGUACGUGUAUAAUUCAGUGUGCUUUGUCUUUCUCCAGACUAAUAUCAGUUACACUACUGAUGUUUGUAAAUUAAACAGAUAUUUACUUCAUUAA